UCUGCCAUGAGAGUGCUUUAUUUGCUGGCCAGCCUCGCGGCUACGUCCUGGGCUCGGAUGUUGCACAGCCUUCCUGGAGGAUUUGGGGCUUUAGUUUCGUCGUUUGACUGCCAUGAGAAGAUUUUCGGAUAUUAUGCUGACGUGGAGAAUCACUGCCGCGCUUAUCAUGUCUGCCAUCCUCUUUACACGGAAAAUGGAGCUUUGCUGGACGUGGCUCACUUCUCCUUCAUGUGCGGCAUGAACCUUGUGUUUAGCCAGGACUCGCUCACCUGCUCGCAUCGCAACGAGGCCUUCCCUUGCGACCAGGCACCUUCCCUCUACGAAGUAUCCAACUCAGACUUCGGCGUCGUGACGGAGAAGGGGGAGAAAAGGGGGUUCAGGGAUGGCGAAGACGAAGCAGAUACGGCGACUGAGGAAAGAAAUUCUUGAUCUAACCCAUCUUAUUGGUGCGCAUUAAAAGGUGUUAAAAGUUAUCUAUACAAGGUGAUUCACGCUAUGCGGAAGUAGCUUAAUAUCACUAAGACUGUUAACUAACUGAUAUAGAAUUUUAAGUUUCCAUUUGUGCCUGAUAACUCGCUCUCUCUCUCUCAUAUGUAUGUAUUGUAUGCAUGUAUUCAUAUAUAUGUGUUCAUAUAUAUGAAUAUACA